AUGCCACUAACGGACCCGACUCAAUAUUUUUAUCAUCAACAGCAAAAAACACCAACGUCGCAACAACAAUCACCACAAUGGCAAGCUACACAACAAGAUAAUGAAGAUGAAGCAAUCGAUAUUAAUGAAGAUGAUAGAGUUUUCCGUGAAACACAAUCACUAUCUGAUCCAAUCCAACGACGUAAUUCCUUAAUAGUGGUGGUACUAGCAGCACUACCAGCUCCUACUCAACAACAACUAGGUACGGAGGAUGAUAAUCAAUCUCCGAUAUUUCAAGGACUUGGUCAAAGAUUGAGGUCACCAACACCACACGAUAUACCUCUAAUACCAACAGCUCUUUCGUCACAUCGAAAUAGUGUUGUUAGUCUACCCGAAUCAUUUAUGCCAACACCUCAACGACGAACAACGCCACCAACUACCACAUAA